AUGGCGAACGACACAUACCCCAGGAAAUAUGAUAUUGUCAUUGUCGGUGCUGGCCCUGUCGGCAUUCUGCUCUCACUUUGCAUGUCCCGCUGGGGUUACAAGGUGAAGCACAUUGAUAACCGCCCUGUGCCGACCGCAACUGGCCGUGCCGAUGGUAUUCAGCCCCGGUCGACCGAAAUUCUGCGCAACAUGGGCCUGAAGCGCAAGAUUAUGGCCUAUGAUCCUGCUAAGGUCUACGAUGUUUCUUUCUGGGACCCCUGUCCUGAUGGAAGCGGUAUUCACCGCACUGGCAGCUGGCCCAGUUGCCCCCGCUUCAUCGACACAAGAUAUCCCUUCACCACCCUUGUCCACCAGGGUAAGAUCGAGACGGUUUUCCUGGAUGAGAUCAAGAAGGCUGGUACGACUGUUGAGCGUCCCUGGACCAUCACUGGAUUCAAGAACGAUGGCCUGGACGAGGUUUACCCCGUCCAGGUGCAACUCAAGUGCCUUGACACCAAUGUGAUCAAGACUGUCCGCGCCAAAUACCUCUUCAGUGGUGAAGGUGCCCGCAGUUCCGUGCGACAGCAGCUUGGUAUCCAGAUCCACCACAAGGACCCUAUCUCCUACGUGUGGGGUGUCAUGGAUGGUGUGGUGAGGACCAACUUCCCAGAUAUUGAGACCAAGUGCACAAUCCACUCCGAUGCUGGCUCUAUCAUGGUUAUCCCCCGUGAAGACAACAUGGUCCGUCUCUACGUUCAGAUUGCUUCCUCCACCGACCCCGACUUCGACCCCAGGAAGACUGCUACCGCCGAAGAGGUCCAGAAUGUCGCCAAGAAGAUUCUUUCCCCCUACACAUUGGAGUGGGAUCGCGUUGAAUGGUACUCCGUCUACCCCAUUGGACAGGGUAUCUCCGAGAAGUACACCUUGGACGAGCGCGUUUUCAUGGGUGGCGAUGCCUGCCACACGCACAGCCCCAAGGCGGGCCAAGGUAUGAACACUGCUUUCCAUGACGCCCUUAACAUGGCCUGGAAAAUCCAUGCUGUCGAGUCCGGCCUGGCCCAGCGUUCUAUUUUGAGCACCUAUGAAACCGAGCGCAAGCACAUUGCGGAGACCCUGCUUGAUUUCGAUAACAAAUAUGCUGCCUUGUUUUCCAAGCGCCGGCCUACUGCUGGUGAAGUUGGUUCGGCUAGCCACACUGCUACUGUUGCCGGUGGCGAAGAGGACGAAUUUAUCAAGACCUUCAAGUCCUCUUGCGAAUUCACCAGUGGCUAUGGCGUUGCGUACCAGCCCAACGUCUUCAACUGGGAUUCCACGCACCCUGCGAAAUCCGCCUUCUUCGAUGUUCCCGGUGUGAAGCUGAUUACCGGUAAGGCCUUCACUCCUUCCACUGUUACCCGCCUUGCGGAUUCCAACUUUGUGCACCUCGAACAGGAGGUUCCUGCCAAUGGAGCAUUCCGUAUUUUCGUCUUCGCUGGUAGACAGGCGUCUAGCAAAAAGGCUAUUGCCGACUUUGCUGCCAACCUGGAGAAGGAGCGCUCAUUCCUCUCCGCCUAUCGCCGAUCUGAUAUCGGUGAGGUUUCUUACUUUGAGCAGCACGUCCCCCACUCCAAGCUGUUCACUAUCUGCGUUAUCUACGCUGAGAAGAAGAAUGACAUCGACCUGGAGGCCGUGCCCCAGAUUCUGCGCGACUACCACCACCACCUCUACGCUGAUGAUAUACCCGACGUCAGAGUGCCUAACGCCACUUAUGCCGCCCAUGAGAAGCUUGGAUUCGACCCUGAGAAGGGUGGUGUUGUUGUGACCCGCCCGGACAGUCACGUUGCCUGUACCGUUCAGCUGGCCGAGGGUAGUGGCACCGUUGAUGCUCUGAACGCCUACUUCGGCGCUUUCUCUACCAAGCCCCUGGGCCAGGACCAGCAGAGCCGCCUGUAG